AUGUUAUUAACGCUCAUAUCAUUGUUCAUAAUAAUAUAUCCACGCUUCUCUAAUGGUAAAAAAUGGACAUAUGAUGGGCCUGAUGGAGAGCACCACUGGUCCAGCAAUUAUCCAUACUGUGGAGGAGCAUUCCAAUCUCCUAUAAACUUUCAGCCAAAGUUGCUGAGAUACGAUCCAGACUUGCUGCCCAUUCAGCUUCAAAACUAUAAUUUGUCUAGCAGUGAGCAGCUCACUCUCAGCAACAACGGACACUCUGUGCAGCUGUCCCUGCCAUCCCGGAUGCAGCUUGUUAGUUUACCUGAUCAAUACUCUGCAGCUCAGCUUCACUUCCACUGGGGAUCUGCCAAUGUACUGGCUGGCUCUGAACACGCAGUCAACGGCAAGCAGUUUCCUGCUGAGCUGCAUUUGGUCCAUUUCAAUUCUGCAAGGUAUCCCAACAUCUCUAUGGCAGUGGACAAGUCUGAUGGUCUUGCUGUACUGGGAGUUUUUAUUGAGGUGGGUGAAUUUAAUCCAGCUUUUGACCAGUUUCUCAAAUUUGUCCAAGGCAUUAAGUAUAAAGACCAGAAGGUGCAGAUUCCAGCCUUUAACAUACAGAAGCUGCUACCUGCUUACCUGGAUGAGUAUUACCGUUAUGAUGGAUCUCUCACCACACCCCCCUGCUACCCCAGUGUGCUGUGGACAGUGUUCAAGGAUCCUGUCACCAUCUCACUCAGUCAGUACCUGACACUGGUCAAUAUUCCAUCCACCUCUAAUGCUCAAGAAUCAGUCCCAGUGCCUAUGUUCGGGAACCACCGAAAACCCAUGCCGAUGGACAAUAGAGUGGUGUUGGUCUCCUUCCAGGAUAGCUGGGGGCUGCAUGGUUCUCUUUCAGUGGCUUCUCCCAUGCAGAGAAGGCUGGCCAUCCAACAACUGCUGAGGGGAGACCUUGCAGAUUUGGCAGAUGAAGGACUGCACCAUCUUUUGCCAAAGCUCAGGAACAAGCCAUGGGCACCAAAAAAAUUGAACAGCAACCAGAGACCGAAGCCAUCGAGCCAAGUAGCUAAGAAACUUCCUUCAACUUUGAAGUCUGCCAUAAAUGAUGAUGUGUUGUGUUUUGUAUCCCUGGAAAAGAAUGUAUCUCUUGAGGUGAGCAGGCGUCAUGCAGAAAGCCAGAUAAUCCAUGCUCUUAAAAAAGCAGUGUUCCCUAAGCUAAACCUACACAGCUACCUAAACUGCAGGUCUGACUUGGAUCUCCAAACAAUCAGGUAUCUUAUUUAUUCAAGACCUGGAGAUGAGGCAGAGGAGCUUGAUCAGGCAUUGACGAGAGCCAUUCAGAGGCAAAAGCCUCUGAAGCAGCACCAGGGCUCAGCACUGUCCAAGCUGACAAGGCAGACCAAAGCUGCUGGCAUAAAAAAUAGUCAAGACGUGGUGUUCGCUAAUCACAGACUGCAGGCUGCAGAGUGGGAGGAUUAG